GAAAAUGGAAGUCACCGUAAGUAUAUUUUGCCUAUUAAUUCAACGUUUGUUUGGGCAGUAACAAACUUUCUGAAGGAUUGUAUAGGUUCCCGUCGUCAUCAGUCAGAAUUACAGAGUCGCCAUUCCAAAAUUUGCCCUCGCCACCGGUGGCAUCGGUCGGAAUUUGAGCAACGCUAUUCUCAAUUCUCGAAGAAGCUAAGUUGCCAAGCAAAGAUUGCUACAUAAAGAUAAUUGAGUUUAAUGGUUCUUAUGCGCAUCCAGUUAUCGACUUCUGAUAUUCAAUGAUGAGUGAAUGAAGGGUUAUUGUGAAUGCAAAAGUAAUCAGGUUCGUAAUUCUGAAAAAAUAAAAUUAGUCUAAUAAUUGACUCAAAAAGAUUGCGGAUUCUGUCUCGCCUGAGGUAGAACCAAGCAUUGCAUCAAAAGCCGGCAGCACUGCAUCAAAAGCCGGCAGCACUUUGGUCUGAAUUUGGCCAUCCUUCAUAUCCAUUUUCGGGAGUUAGGAGCUUUAUAAAUAAUCAUCUGAAAGGCCAGUCCAGGAAUUUCUGUACCAGCAGUUGUAGCAUAAGGAAAAAGUGGGAGGAACUAUUAUGAGGUGUGGAGAGCCACAUUGAGGCGGGUAAUGAUGAACGGUGGAUCAAUGAGGAGAAUAUUAGGGUUUAGCAGGCAAAGUGAACUGGCUUCCAAGAGUGACAUCUGGAUUUUAGGAGUUCGCUAUCAGAUUGCCGAGGAAGGUGAGGAUUCAUCUAAUCCAACCCAUAGCGAAGAUUUCGCGAAAUUCGUUGAGGAUUUCUCGUCCCGAAUCCUUAUAACGUACCGUAAAGGAUUUUCGCCCAUUAUGGAUACCAAGUACACCAGCGACAUAAACUGGGGGUGUAUGCUUCGAAGCAGUCAGAUGCUUGUUGCUCAGGCAUUUAUUGUUCACAGAUUAGGGAGAUCAUGGAGGAAAUCUCCUCACAAGCCACUCGACCCACAUUACAUUGAAAUAUUGCAUCUUUUUGGGGAUGCGGAAGACUCACCUUUUUCCAUACACAAUCUUCUCGAAGUUGGUAAGGCUUAUGGUCUUGCCCCUGGAUCAUGGGUGGGACCCUAUGCCAUGUGUCGCACAUGGGAAAGUUUGUUGCGGAAUAAGAGAAAGGAGAGAGAUAGUGGGAUAUUGUCUUCAUUGGUGACUUUAUAUGUGGUUUCUGGUGAUGAAGAUGGAGAAAGGGGUGGAGCUCCUGUGCUCUGUAUUGAGCAUAUAGCUCGACAUUGUUCGGAGUUUGGAGGAAGUCAAGUUGAUUGGGCUCCUGUCGUUUUGAUGGUUCCUUUGGUUUUAGGACUGGAGAAAGUCAAUCCUAGGUAUCUCCCACUUCUGAGUGCGACAUUCACAUUUCCACAAAGCCUCGGCAUUUUGGGUGGAAGACCUGGUGCCUCAACAUACAUACUCGGAGUGCAAGAUGAAAAUGCAUUCUAUCUGGACCCACAUGAAGUUCAACAGGUAGUUGAUAUUAAGAAAGAUAAUCUGGAUUUGGAUACUUCAUCUUACCACUGCAAUGUUGUCAGACAUAUUCCUCUUGAUUCUAUCGAUUCAUCUUUGGCAAUAGGAUUUUAUUGCAGGGACAAGAGUGACUUUGAUGAUUUUUGUGAACGCGCAUCAGAACUAAUUGAUCAAUCAAAUGGUGCCCCGUUAUUUACCAUAGCCAAUAAGCAUGUUGCAUUUAGAGAUAAUGAGACUCAUGAUUAUUAUAAUAGGCUGGUAACUGGUGAAUCGGAGGAUUGUUCCCAUGAAGAUGAAGAUGACUGGCAGCUCCUCUGAAUGGACGAUAUAUGUCUCGUCUCGUGUGGGUAAUUCACUUUGCCACAUCUCUUUUUUAUGUGAUACACGUGUGCU